AUAUAACAGGAAGUGACGGGCGUGUCCCGGAAGUGCGAGGGCACGCAGCGGCGGUGGGGCGGAUCCGGGCGGCGGUGUCAGUGCAGCUCGGAGCAGCGAACGGGCCGGGUGUAUCUCACGUGCGCAAAGAUGGCGGAGCAGGAGCCAACAGCGGAGCAGCUAGCCCAGAUCGCGGCGGAGAACGAGGAGGACGAGCACUCUGUUAACUACAAGCCACCUGCUCAGAAGAGCAUCCAGGAGAUCCAGGAGCUGGACAAGGAUGACGAGAGCCUGCGCAAGUACAAGGAGGCCCUGCUGGGCUCUGCUGUCACCAUCACUAUGGAUCCCACUGUCCCCAACGUGGUGGUGACCAAACUGACACUGGUCUGUGCCAGUGCCCCUGGCCCUCUUGAGUUGGACCUGACAGCUGACCUGGAGAGCUACAAGAAGCAGUCAUUUGUGCUGAAGGAGGGUGUGGAGUACCGGAUAAAAAUCUCCUUCCGGGUGAACAAGGAGAUUGUGUCGGGACUGAAGUACAUCCAGCACACGUUCAGGAAAGGGGUGAAAAUUGACAAGACUGAGUACAUGGUGGGCAGCUACGGUCCCCGUGGGGAGGAGUACGAGUUCCUCACCCCCAUGGAGGAGGCGCCUAAGGGCAUGCUGGCCCGGGGCAACUACAACAUCAAGUCCAAGUUCACAGACGACGACAAGACUGACCACCUGUCCUGGGAGUGGAACCUGACCAUCAAGAAGGACUGGAAGGACUAGGCCUUCCGUGCCAACCCCAGAGCCAAUCAGACCGUGGCUACGGUAGAACCCCCCUGUACCAAAGUGCUGACAUCGGAGCCCCUCCCUCCCUCCCUCCCUCCCUCCUUUUAAGUUGCCCAGAGCACUCUGCUCCGCCCUACCCCGUCCCGAUCUCUCCCCAGAGAACCGCUGAACAGAACCCACCAGUCCCCAUGUCUGUCUGCCCCAGGCCGGAGGUGGGAGCUCCCCACCCUCCCGUCGCCCUGCUGCUGCUCCUGACAAACCCCAGGCAGGUGCGGAUGGGGAGGGAGGGCCCCUGCGUCCCAUGGGCAAGAGGCUUUUCCAAGUGCUUCUGCUCAUGGGCCAGGGUUGUUGGUGCCUCCCCAGUGGCCAAGGAAAUCAUGAUGCCAAGCAGCCGUUGACCCCUCUGUGAGCUAAAAUCAUGUCUGUGGCCUGCCCGUCCCGCGCUGCUGCGUCCUGAGGACGCUGGUGGCUCCAUCUGUGGCUGUCCCCUGCAACCAUGAUGCCUUAAUGUGUAACGUGCAUCCUCAAGGGAGGGGGUCCUGCUCUUGUUACACUUUUUAAACGCCUGCCCCAGUGUCUGUCUGCAUGAUGCCCUUGCCCGUCAUGCCCCGAGUCCCUCUUCAGGUGGCUCCUGGCUUGGACCCAUUCUCCUCCUAAGAGCCCCUCCAAGAGGGGGAGGCUGUUGGAGGUCCCAGAUGCUCCCAGCCAGCUGCCCCACGUUGUCCAGAGCAUUGCCCGGCAGAGGCUCCCAGGCCUGCUAGCACAGCGCUCUGCUCAGCCCUGCCCUGCCUGGUGCAGCCCCAGCCCCUCGGUGGGCCUGAAGGGGCAGCUGGACAGGCGCUGGUGCUGCUGUCACCUCCUCCUUCCACUCCAGCCAGGAAGGGCUGCAGAGCUCAGAUGCUCCAGCAGCCUCUGCCCCUCUUGGUUCAGUUCCAGGCUGGAAGACGGACUCAUCCCCUUCUGCAGCUGCUUCCAUAACUCAUGAGAGCCCCCAGCUUGCAAUGGACACAGGUUCCAGAGUGGUGAAUGCCUUACGUAUCUGUUCUGCCUUUGAGACUCGUGCCUGGCCUGUCAGUAUUUAUUGCCUUGACAAGUAGACUCCUUUCCCCGCUCCCCUCUGUGUCCCAGAGCAGCUCCCCCCGGCCCCUUGCAGCACUGUCUCCAUCCCGACCACCCCCAGGGCCUGGGGCCAGGGGGCUCGUGCCCCCCGGCUACUGGACAGGCGCGUUCCAGCUCGCAUCUCUCGCCGGGUGCUUUAACACAGAGGUUGUACCAGAACUGGGACCAAGUACGUGUGGUUUUCUCGUAGCUACAGUCUCCUGCCUCUAGCUCCUCCCCCUCCCUCUAGAGCUAGGUUUUGUUCAUUGGGUCUGGUGCAUCUUGUCUGUAAAUCCCUGACCCGGAUUAACAGGUUGGAAUCGUCAUCGGCUUCCCCUUUUAUGACAGUUAAAUAAAGCCUUCAAACUGA